AACUUUCUCAGUUGGAGCACGACUUCCCAGCGCUGAGGAGGAUGAAGUGAGCGGCAGCAGCUGAACGAGUGAGUAACAGCAACAAGGAGAAAGAAAGAGAGGAUGAGAUCUUAAUUGUAGGCUUCUAUAUUUGUGUCCUGACCAGACGGGAGGUUUUCUCUUCUAGGUGAGGGAUUUUUUAGAAAUGUCACAUUAGCCAGUAAACAGAAGAUUUUUUUUUUCUAUCACUUUGCGUCACUAUGCUGCUGACUCUGCUUCUGGUUGUGAGUCUUUGCUCUGAGACUCUGUCCUCUGAGCCAUCAUCAAUAACCAUCCCGUACCGGGUUUGGGAGGAGCAGCCGGCAGGGACCCAGGUCGGCCGCCUGUUGGACGACCUCCGGCAGAGGGACGAAGGUGGUCCUCUGGAGGAUUUCCAGGUGGUGGAGCAGGGGAAAGCCCUUCCUUUCUCUGUCACGGCUCGGGAGGGGCUGGUCACCACCCAGGGCCGGCUGGACAGGGAGGAGCUGUGCCGGGGGUCGGACCUGUGCGAGGUGGCCUUCAGCGUCCUCUACAGGAAAAGCGGCGCUGUGAACUGUCUGCGCGUCCGCGUGGAGGUGAUGGACCUGAACGACCACAGUCCCAGCUUCCCCAGCACUCUGCAGGAAGUGGAGAUCUCCGAAACGGCCAGCCUCAGGUUGCGAAUCCCUUUGGACCGAGCGGUGGAUCCUGAUGCGGGGCCCAACAGCCUCCAGACCUAUACGCUGUCCAUCAACCAACACUUUGCUCUGGAUGUGACAACAGGUCCAGGUGGUGCAAAACAGGCGGAGCUGGUGGUUAUCAAAGAGCUGGACCGGGAGGUUCAGGCCUCCUUUGACCUCACCCUGUUCGCAUGGGAUAAAGGGAACCCACCAAGGUCUGGGAGCACAUUAGUUCGUGUUAAUAUUCAGGACUCAAACGAUAACAGCCCCACGUUCGAGGACAGCAGUCCCACCGUGGAACUACCCGAGGAUACAGCCCUGGGGACGACCAUCAUCAACCUCAAGGCCACUGACCCAGACCAAGGCGCCAACGGGGAGGUAGAGUACUCGUUCAGCAAGCACACACAACCUGAGGUUAAGAAACUCUUCUAUGUGGAUCCAGAAACCGGGGAUGUGAGCGUCAAGGCGCCUCUGGAUUAUGAGGCCGGGUCGUCCUAUGAGGUGAUCGUACAGGCCAGCGAUCGAGGGCCCAACGCAAUCCCCGCUCACUGCAAACUACACGUCAAGCUCGUAGAUGUUAACGACAACGCACCGAGGAUACGAGUGCACCUAACGCAACACAACUUACCCGGCGCGACCGUGCUAGAAGGAGCGUCGGUCGGGACCUUCAUUGCUAUGGUGAUGGUCUCAGAUGCAGAUUCAGGAAGAAACGGGGAAGUCGAGGCACACAUUCAGGAAGACUCCGGGCCUUUCCGCCUUAAAAAGCACGAUGGACGCAUCUACACGAUUGUCACGGACGGCGGUCUGGAUCGAGAGAAGAUGAUGCAGUACAACAUCACGCUCACCGCUCGGGAUUUUGGAUCUCCCUCACUGUCUUGCAUUGAACAUCUGUCCGUCUUUAUUCUGGAUGAGAACGACAACCCCCCGGUGUUCUCCGCCUCCAUCUACAAGGCUACGAUUAAAGAGAACAACAAUGCAGGUGACCACGCUCUUAAAGUUGAAGCCCAUGACGUUGACCUGGAUUUCAGUGGCAGAGUGUCAUACUUCAUUGGCAACUCCAUCGACCAGGAAAGCAUAGCCCAGUCUUUCUCUAUUCACCCAAAGACUGGCGUCAUAAGUGUCCAGAAACCUCUCGACUACGAGGAAUCACACCACUACUCUUUCAUUAUCGAGGCGGUCGACCACGGACAUCCACCUCUCACGAGCACCGCCACCGUGCUCAUCGACGUUGAGGAUGAAAAUGACAACUACCCGAUCAUUAAGGAGCCAAAACCGAGAAAGGGGGUUGCAUCUCUAAGCGUACCUGUCAACGCAUACAAGGGUGAGAUCGUGACCGAGCUGGGGAAUUACGUAGAAGACGAAGAAGCAGAAGAAGAAGUAAAUCACUCUGCCAGAGAUGGACUCAUUGGAUUCCUUGCAUCAACGAUAAAAGCUGAAGACCUGGACUCAGGACUCAACGGAGAACUCCAGUAUCUCAUCACUGAUGGAAACCCGUAUGGACUCUUCUGGCUGGAUCAAGCUACGGGUCAGCUCUUUGUCAAUACCACCAACGCCACCGAGCUCAUCGGGAAAACCUUUAAGGUGGACAUCGCUGUGUCUGACAUGGGCACACCCAGCUUGUCCACCAAGUCCACUCUGGAGGUGACUUUCAUCAACCUCAAGGACCACCUGAAGAACUCUUCGCCGGGACACCGCGGGCAGCUUAGCUUCACGAUGAUGAUGGCGAUCUGCCUGGGCGCUACAUGUCUGCUGCUUCUGUUAGCCAUCGCUUUGGUGACGACCUUCUGCCGCCCCGAGAAACGGGACAACAGGGCGUACAACUGCAGACAGGCCGAAUCGAGCUACACCCGCCAUCCUCGGCGCCCGCAGAAGAACAUCAGAAAAUCCGACAUCCAGCUGAUUCCCGUCAUCAGGGGGCGAAAGGAAGAGCCUCCUGAGGACGACACUGAGACCCAGCCGCUGACUCCGCCUCCAACCUCAGACGAUCAACAAACCGAGAGGCAAUACGAUUUCAUACCAUCGGUUGCGAACACAAGCUUCCACUCCCAAGACUACCGAGACGGGGAUGCGACUCAACCCGUCACCCAUCACGGCAGGACACUCAGGAAACCUGGAAGCAUCGAAAUCGACGGGACCUUGCCUCUGACGCCAGCCACAUCGUACCGGACCCUUCGCAAAGCCAGAAACCCUUCAUCGUCUUCCUCUGUCUCACACUCGAGCACCCUGAAGCGCCAGAAACGCCUCGAAGGGGACGAACAGCAGCCGCCGCCAACACGGUCGGCAUCUCAAGCGACUCUCAGGAGGCCGAAGGCUUCAGACGGACGAGGGACGACCGACGACGCCGAACACCGACAGAUGCUUCAUAACCUGGUCCGCCUGUCCAUGGCUGCGUUUGGGGACUCCAUCGAGCUUUCCUCGGCUUCUCCAGAGGUGCAGCAGAUCUCCCAGCUCCUCUCUCUCCUCCACCAGGGCCAACUACAGCCGAGAACGAACUUCAGAGGAAACAAAUACUCGCAUCGCAACGGCAGAUACGGAGGUCAGGACUGUUCUGACUGGCAAAGCACCAAAGACAGUGGACACGGCGAGAGUGAGGCCGGAGACAUGGACUGGGAACCAGGACGAGACUCACCCAUAGACCCCCAACUAGAAGAGGGGCUCAACAACCUCCUCACCCACCACGAUGACGUUUUCUCCGAGGUCAGCGACCCCGCCUGGAUGGCCAGACUCUCCCUGCCGCUCGCCGGCGAUUACCACGACAACAUGUUCGUCCCCACCGGCCCCCGGUCGCCUGAAAGCGAGCUCCUCCCUCGGGACGGCCUGGACUCCUCCUCCUCCUUCUCCACAUUCGGUAAAACCCCAGAGAAGGACGGUCCUCUGGGUGGAGCUCUGCUGUCAGAGGUCAGCACUUUGUUCGAGAUGCUGAUGACGCAGAAGGCCGACGCCCACCCGGGCCCUCGGCCCGACGUCCUGUACCGACUGUCGGCAGCGUACCGCCGCUCCCUGGGCCUGGACGCCACCGCCCCCGCCGCCAACACGGCCGCCAACAAGGCCGCCAACACGGCCGCCGCUAAGAACUCUGGGAACGCUGAGAAGAGGUCGGGCCUGGCCGCGCCCUCAGGACUUUAUCAAUAAGUGACUGAACACUGGAAAAGACAGACGUGUCUACAGGCUUUACGAGAUUAAAAGAUCGGAAACUGUAAAUAAAACCACACUGAGUCUGUAGAGUCAGAAAUACAAAGGGAUGUGUCACUUUCAACACUUCUGAAGGUCUGAAGACACGUAGAGAGGAUCAGGGAAAUGGAUUUUUAAAAUGUACCGCGACAGCAUCGUAAAUAUUGAGCCAUUCUUUGACCCGUAGGGAGGAUGGAAGGUGAAGUCGUGACGUUGUCUACAGGUGGAGAUUCGUAAUAUGGUUAGAAAAAUGGUUAGUUCAGUUUGGUGGUGGCGAAUGAGCACGUUGAAAGGAUUAAGUAGCAAGAAGAGAGAGAAGGAAGAGAUGAAAGUUCUUUAAAGUAAACACGUUUAUUCAGAUUAAAAAGCCGCCGGUCGGACCUAAAGGUUGAGCACGUCCAGAGCAGAACGAAAAAGGAGGUAGAAAGUAAAACAAAUUUCAAUAUGUAAAGCAACAGGAUGAGCUUCUUAGCCUCCCAGCUAAUAGUAGCUUCUUAUAGCUUCGCUUAGGCUCCCAGCUAGCUCAUUGUAGCUUCCUAGCCUCCCAGCUAGCUCCUUCUAACUUUCUGGCCUCCCAGCUAAUAGUAGCUUAGCUUCCUAUCAUCCCAGCAAAUAGUAGCUCCUUAGCUUCCUAGCCACCCAGCUAAUAGUAGCUUCUCCUGCCUUCCUAGCCUCCUGGCUAAUGGUAGCUCCUCCUAGCUUUGUAGCAUCCCAGCUAAUAGAAGCUUCUCUUAGCCUCUAAGCUGAUAGUAGGUCAUCCUAGCUUCCUAGCCUAGUAGCUAGCUCCUAGCUACAAUGGCAGCAGAGCUCUUUAUUUCUAGGACCAGGAUGUGGAAACUAAAACGCCAGUGCAAGUCUUCACUGAAUAGAUUCAAAAACCACAGACGAGGGCGAAUAAACUGUUUGCUCCAUUUGUAUUUACUCCCCUGGAUGCUGUAAUGUUGAAUGAAUGACACCAUUCUUAUUAUUUAGUUCAUCUUUGAGGCUGAUCUGCUCAGACCAGUUCACAUAUUCAUUAUACAGAUGUGUUGGAAAUGACAAAUCCAGUUCACAUGGUGCUACAGUGCCUUUUAAACGAUCAAUAAAUCAAGAUGCUUCAGUCAGGUUCAGGGUUUAAAGCUGAUUAAAGGAGCAGAGUGGAAGUAAUUAAAGGCUGAAAGAGAAAGGUCUGUUUAUUUACGUUACGUGCAGUAAAACUGAAUCUGAAAAUGUUUCUGUUUCGCCUGAAAGCGACAAAACUUUACAGCAUUGUUCUGACCUGAGACGCGGAGCAGCGGCAAAGACAGACGACGUCCGUCUGUCAGGAUAAUGAACACUGUUGUUGAGUUUUUGGCAGGCUGAAAUCAGACCGAGGAAACGCGGCUUUGUCUUUUAGUUUUUCCUCAAGACUAAACAACAACAGGCUGAACGAAGAGAAGACAAAGUGUCUGAACUUCCUCCUGAACGUGAAGCAGCAAAAACCCAAAAAAACCCUCUGGUAGUUGAUGAACUUUCCUCUAAAGACGUCUCAUUUAUUGCCUUACUUCAAAACAAAA